AGCCUACCCGGUCCAGCCUACCCGGUCCAGCCUACCCGGUCCACGUUCGCUGGGUGCUCUGUCGUCCGCGUAGGCUGGGUCCUCCGAAGGAUGUGGAAGUCUGCAAGCGCCUUGGAAUUCCCCAGUCAGAGCUUGUUGAUGUGGUAAAGAAAAGGGAAGUGUGGGGCCCUCUGCUUGGCCCGACUUUUGAUAAGUGGUGGAAAUGGAUGGAUGGAUGGAUAAGGACCUUUUUUUAUAUCAAACUAGACUUUACCUCCUUGUGGUGAAAUCCUCUACCACUAAUGUAAAGUGCUAUAAAGUAUGUGUUCAUCUCCAGAGAGGAAAGAGGAAAAGCCAUGUUCCUGUUCCACAUGUUGACUACAGACCAAAGGGGAGAGCUACCUAAGACCCUCACUGAUAUGUGCUCACACUUCCUGCUGGUCCGGACAAAGAAGAAGAAACAGAAGUAUGAUGAGCAACAAGAGAACAGUCCACAGCAGCUGACGGAGGCUGACAGGGAGGUUCUUCUGAAGCUGGGGAGGCUGGCGUUUGAACAUCUGGAUAAAGGAAACAUCAUGUUCUACCAAGAAGACCUGGAGCGCUUUGGUCUUGAUGUCACCGAGGCCUUGGUGCACUCAGGAGUUUGUACAGAGAUCUUCAGAAGAGAGAGCGUGAUCUUUCAGAAAACAGUCUGCUGCUUUGUUCAUCUGAGCAUUCAGGAGUUUCUGGCUGCAGUCUACAUGCUCCACUGUUACAACAACAGGAACAGCAGGGAACUGGAUGUCUUCCUGAACAGAGCCUUGGAGAAAUCCCUCAGAAGUAAAAAUGGCUACCUGGACCUGUUUGUCCGCUUUCUCCAUGGCCUCUCUCUGGAGUCCAACCAGAGCCUCAUAGAAGGCCUGCUGGGACGCACAGACAACUAUCCAGAAAUCAUCCAGAGAGUAAUCAAGAACCUGAAGGAGAUGAGCAGUGAUGAAAUCUCUCCUGACAGGGGCAUCAACAUCUUCCACUGUCUGACAGAGAUGAAGGACCACUCAGUACAUCAGGGCCCAGUUUUUCAAAAGUAAUCCAGUGGGAUUUCGGAUCACGGAUUGGAUUAAAUCUUGGGAAUGGGUUUUUCAAAGGCAAAAGAGGGAUUCCAGA